CGUAACUACUUAUCGUUGAUAGAGAGAAACUGACGGGAAAAGCGUCACAUUCGGUUCCGAGUGAAAAAAGUUAACAGAGCAAAGUUAUCAGUCGCGGUCGACUGAGAAACAUUUCGGAGUUGAACUGAACGAACGACCAUUCUGAGUUUGCUCUUUGCUACGGCGACGACAGGUGGUUGUCGUUCCAUGCUCACUCGAAAUAUUAUUAAUUAUAUCGAGAUCGGUAUCUGUUUUAAUAUUCGUAUAUCUGCUGAUCCGGAAGGCAGCGAAACCAAAUGUCUCUGAUGACGUCGGAUUUUGUGAUUGUGUGAUUCAUGCGCAGGCAGGGCAGCUUAAACUUAUAAAUUUUAUUGACAAUAGCUAAAACGAUUCCGUAACUUCUGAAUUUUACAAGCGCCUGAUCAAAUUAAGAUUCCGUUGUGCAAUAUGCCUGGCAAAAUGAACGAUCGCGAUCGCAUACGAGAUCCCCGAGAGGAGAUCCUACUCGAGACGAACUUUGAAGAUGACGGUGGUGUGCUUACACGUGCCUACAAUAACAAUCCCUACAAUGGGGGCAACAUACAAAAUCGACGACGCCCUUCGUACCGAUCGGAACACUCCUUGGAUAGGUACACAGAGCGUGGUGGCGAAGGUGACUGCUGCCAAUCAUGCAUGGCACGUAUCCCCUACGCCACGAUGAUAGCCACUCUGAUGUGUCUCCUGGGAGUGGGUAUCUUCUGUUUCACCAUGUACCGAGGGGCAUCGCUCACUGUCAUAAUGGUAGACCAAGUAUUUCACUUGCGAUUAAUAUGGAUCGAAGCUGUGCAGAUGAUAUUUGUAAUAAUUGGAGCUGGCAUGGCAGCCCUUGGAUUUAUGAUACUUUUCGUUGGCUUUCUGGCUACUGGCGCCACGCGCUAUAAGGUGUAUAGAGCCUGGCGGUCACGCGUUGGAGGCCGGAUCUCCUGCGCCGUACUUAUGGGCAUCACGUACCUGCUCAAUUUCGUGUGGAGUCUUAUUCUUUGUUUCCUGGUUGUUGUUACCUUCAUAUAUACCAUGUUCUGGAACAUGUGCUCCAGUGUCGAGCACUCACAGAGUUGCAUAGAUUUGACACAAUUCCAUUUUAUGUUCCCACCAAACACCAAACUUGAGGACAUGAAGGUGUGCGAAAAGUAUGAGAUCAAGGCUUUCUGUAAAGAUGGUGUUGAGAACGCUGAGGUUAUGUUCAUACUGGCCACGCUGUCCACCCUUUUAGUCAUUCUUAGCCUGGUUCAUUAUCUCAUGUGCCUCUCGGCCAACUAUGCGCACAUACGUGAUCACGAAAAGUUCCAAGAGCUGCAGGAAAUGCAAAACCUUAACGAGCUGGAGUACAGUGCUACGUCCAAGGAUCGUUUCUAGGACAUAUUUCAGAAGAUUCAAUUUGAGCUUAAAGAGAAGACAAGCGACAUUUGAGAGCGACAUUUUGGCAAACGUUACAACGAACACAGCACUAGUGCAAUGCUGCCAACACGAUACAAUUAAGA